ACCUCCCCAGGAAAAUAAAUUGCUAAAACCUCCACCGCCACUCGUUCCCCAAAUGCUCCCUCCACUCUCUACUUCCUCCUCCCCCCUCGCUCCGCUGGUCUCAAUCAAAGUCAACGAUGCUGUGCUCCGCUCGGAUCCUGGCCUGCUCUCGAUCCCCAGCCCCUCAAAAUCCCAGCUGGAGAUUUCCUCGAGACCUCAGGCUCAUAAGAAACAGGCCCAUCUCCGUCCGAUGGCGAUCCAUGGCUUCAGCUGAAUCUGCUGAGGCCACUGGGGACUCCGCAGAUAAAAUCCCAGCUGGGUUUUGUAUCAUAGAGGGGCCCGAAACUGUUCAGGACUUUGCCAAGAUGGAGCUGCAGGAGAUUCAGGACAAUAUCCGGAGUCGAAGGAAUAAGAUUUUCUUGCACAUGGAGGAGGUACGCAGGUUAAGGAUACAACAGAGAUUAAAAAACGCCGAACUUGGCAUUAUAAAAGAAGAACAAGAGAACGAACUUCCUGACUUUCCAUCUUUUAUACCGUUUCUGCCUCCUCUUACAACGGCAAAUCUGAAGCAGUACUAUGCUCUAUGCUUCUCACUCAUUGCUGGUGUUAUCAUCUUUGGUGGUCUUCUCGCUCCAACUUUGGAGCUUAAAUUGGGCAUAGGGGGCACAUCUUAUGCAGAUUUUAUCCGUAGCAUGCAUUUGCCCCUGCAGUUGAGCCAGGUUGAUCCCAUUGUAGCAUCUUUCUCAGGAGGAGCAGUUGGAGUUAUCUCAGCUUUGAUGGUGGUUGAGAUCAACAAUGUCAAGCAGCAGGAACAUAAAAGAUGCAAAUACUGUCUUGGAACCGGAUAUCUUGCUUGUGCUCGUUGUUCAAGCACAGGGUCUCUUGUUUUGGCGGAACCCGUUGCUACAGUUAAUGUUGGCGAUCAGCCUUUAUCUCCACCACGAACUGAGAGGUGUUCAAACUGUUCUGGUGCAGGAAAGGUAAUGUGUCCAACGUGCCUAUGCACGGGCAUGGCCAUGGCAAGCGAGCAUGACCCUAGAAUCGACCCAUUUGACUAAAGGUUCUUAAUCCAUUUUCAAUCUUUGUAAGAAUAUAGAAUCUGGAAAAAGCUAUGUACAUAAUUUCAUCCUCCGUUGGAUCGACGAUGGUUAUAUAUUGAGAGACAUGGUGUUAAAGAAAUCACGAUAUUUGUUCUAUGUUAUGUGUAUAUCCUCCUUGUUCGUAAACAUUUGAGUUUGGUCAGGUCUUUUUUUUAUUA